CAUCUCAUCUGGUGUAGUGUGUGCAGCUUCCGUUGCUAAGGAAACGCAGAAAGAAGAACUGGUCUGAAUAGUUACAGCAAGACUUAGUGGCUCUCCUCAUAUUAUAUGUGAAAUGAAGAUGAUCAACAGACUCACCAAAUGAUGUGUUGAGGGGACAUGGCAUAAAUUAUGCCAGGUGUAUGAUAAGACGGCUCUGCAUGUCUGUUCCUGGAUCAGCACUACCAUUAUGGUGACACUUAUCACAGAGCAGCUCCGAAAGCAGAGUUUGGAAGAACCUUAUCACAAGGCUUUCCCUGUGAAUGUGACACUACCUGCAUUAGGCUCCAGCCCCACUAUCUCCUGGAGUGCAUGCAAAUCAGCGCAAGAGAGCAGUUUUGCUCCACAGCCAUCAUUCAAAGCUGAACCUGUGGAUUCAACAUGUGUACUGGAUUCCACAUGGCCUGACCAAGUGGGAAAACUCCAGCAUGGACCUGAGGUUUCCAUAACAGGCAACAUUAUCCAGAGCUCCCCUCCACCACCCCCUCCAAAACGCCACUGUCGCUCCCUCUCUGUUCCGGAGGACCUUUCUCAGUGCCACUCCACGUGGCAUCCGAGCGCAUCAAAAGUUUGGACCCCAGUAAAACGUGGCAGCCAAAGCAUAGAAACCUCUCAUUUAAGCUCAGUUACUAGCUCGUUGACGCUUUGCGACCCCAGUACCUUCUAUGAGUCAUCCUCUCUACAUUCCUCUUCUAGCCCUACUUUCUUUAGCCUCGCGCUAUCUGCUGACUCUCCACUGUCAUGGAGUUUUCCAUGGGACCUGUGUGAUUCGCAGAAAACGGCCUGCUCUUCCUCAUUUGCCACUCCAUCCUCAUCACCGACACCCCUAGUUGGUCACUCAGUGUCACACCGUCGCUACUCUCUGUCUCCUUUGCAAGUGCUGAACACAUCUGUGUUGUCCCAGCACCCUCAGCUGGCCCAUACCUCUUCUCUGCCAUAUUGCUGUGGUAUGGAGUGCCCAGCUUUGUCUCCUUCACCAACUUCAGCUUGCAGCACACCAUCCACCUCUCGACACAACCUGCACCGAGCACUACCACGGUGCCACUCACAGCCUUGUGACAUGCGGAAACCUCGCUUGAAGAGGCGCCAUGACCCAGAUGUGUUACCUGGCCCAAGGCCAGGACUCGACUUCAGCAAGAUGACACAGAUUGGCAACGGUGAGGGCUUCCUGUCUGGUACAGGUGGUUGCAUGGGGCAAGUGCACUCUCAAGUGGAGCAGAAUUCUACUCUUUCGCAUGCAGAGUUCCUGGGUCGAGCCAGCAUCACACCACUGAGUGAAAGUGAAGAGGAGGAUGAAGAUGAUGCAAUAAGAAGAACUGCAACGACUGAAGCCCAUAUGCUUUUUCAAAGAGACUGCACAGAACUUGACUUGAACCUCAUAGAAGAAAAUUGAUGAUGGAGGGAAAACUCUGCUUCCUGUUGUCAUAGCUUCCUUUACUACGUCAAGCACACUUCUACAUGCUCGCUGCCUCAGGCUUUUAUCAAUACUCAAGAUCAAAACAGUUUGCAGCUAUAAACUAACCACUCUUGAGCGAGUUCCUGUUUAAGAAAAAAAAAAAAGUUCAGUGUCGUAAUGUCUCUCCACUUGCUUCACUCCAAAGUGAAAUUGGCAACCUUUUGUAAAGACAGGCUCUGUCUGUAUGGCUUUCUGCAGGUAAAUUUUCAUUUUACGUAGCGAUGCUAGUUGGCUAUGUACUUGUCUUCAUAUGCUUCUCUGGAGCUGAGGACAGUACUUUGGCUUCAAGGAGUGAUACAUUUUACCAGCCAUUCAACAGUAUCCAAUGUUUAGCCAUUGGAAAAGUGACAAAAAUAAGACGGGAGGCCUGAUGACUCACCCUUGGCAGCACAAUGUCUGAAGACCUCUGCCCUCAACAUCUUAUUUUAUGAUUGCAACAUAAAUUUAGAUAAAACCCUAGUUUUAAAAAAAAUAGUUUAAAUAUGUUUGGAAAUCAGACCUGUACCUUGCAAAAUCCUGUUUUAUGCUUCUAAGUGUGCACUGAUUGGUCUAAAUGCUAGGUACAGAAAACUAUCCAGUCAUUUUCUACAUGGCAUUUCCUCUGCAGAGUGGUGGAUAAAUGGCGCGUAUCCCGGCUGACGUUGGGGGAGAGGCGGGGGUACUCCUGCACAGAUCAGUAGUCAUUCUCAUGGCACUUUGGACAAAUGACGAGGAUUGAAUUUCCCCUGUGAGAACCAUCCAUCUAUUUUCCAUACCUUUAUACUCACAAGGGUCGCAGGGGUGCUGGAGCCUAUCCUACCUGUCCCACCUAUCUUCGGGGAAGAGGCGGGGUACACUCUGAACUCGUCGCCAAUGAAUCACAGGGCACAUGGAAUUCACACCUACGUACAAUUUAGUCUUCAAUUAACCUCCUGUGCGUGGUUUUGUGUUGUCGAAGGAAACCGAAGUGCCUGGAGAAAAUUUAUGCAGGCACGGGGAGAACAUGCAAACCCCACUUGGUGGUGGGGGGCAGAUUUGAAUCUUGGUCCUCAGAAAUGUGAUGCGGAUGGGCUAACAAGUUGCCCUCUGUACUGAUUACCUUGCAAGAUGAAUAGAGUAUCUACAGUGCUCUGAAAAAGUAUUCGACCCCUUCUCAAAUUCCUACGUCAGAAUCAGCUUUAUUGGCCAAGUGUAUAAAAACACCCAAGGAAUUUUACUUCGGCAGUCGGUGCUGCCCUGGUAUGACAUUCAGAACAAGGAAUAACAUGGCAACAAAAACAAAGAUCAAGAGACAUUUAUUGGAACUAUUCCUUAUAACAUUUUUGCAUUGUUUCCCUACUUUAUUAAGAGUGUCAAAAAUAUAUCAGACAAAUAUAACCCGAUGGCCUAAAAUGCUUUUUAAAACAUUAUUUCAGUUAAGGGAGGGGGGACUUGUUAACUGGCCUUAUGUGGAAAAAAAUAAUUAUCCCUUUGUUAAAAUAUGAAUUGUGACUCAUCAAAUGUUUUGGUUAAUUUUCCCUGUUCAAACCCAAUGCGAAUUGUCUUUGGACCUGUUCAAUCAAGUAAUCACUUAAACAGAAUCUAUCCUGAGAAGUCAGACAAAAGGUCUAAGUAAACUGGAACAAAAUGACACAAUCCAAAGAAUUUCCAGAACAGUUGAGAAAUAAAGUAAUCGACUGAUCAGUCAUGAAAAUUGUUAAAGACACUUCUAAAGCUUUAGUAUUCCGGCAACCCAUAGGGAGACCCAUUAUCCUCAUGAAGGAAACAUGGAACAGUAAUGAACCUUCCCAGGAGUAGCCGACCUACACAAAUUACAACUGUGGCUACUCCAGGAGACCACAAAGGAACUCAAAACAUUUUCUAAAGAACCGGAGGCCUCCCUUGCCUCAGUUAAGCUUCAGUGUUCACGACACUGCAAUCAGGAAGAGCCUGGGUAAAAAUUACAUCCGUGGCAGAGUUCCAAGUUGAAAACCACUGCUGACGAAGCAUCUUUCUUUUGCAACAAUACUUUUGAAUGAUUCAUCACCAUUUUGGGAAAAUAUUGUAUGGACUGACUAGAUGAAAGUUGAGCUUUUCGAGAGAUGUGUGUCAUUACAGCUAGCAUAAAUGUAGCACGGGAUUUCAGAAAAAAACAGUCAAAUGUGCUGGUAGUCUUGAUGGUCUUGGGUUCCUUUUCUCCUUCUGAACCUGGACGACUUGCGGUUGGAACCAAGAUUUCUGUUUUUUAACAGAAAGUCCUGAAUGACAAUAUUUAGCUAUCGGUUGGGGACAGCAGAAGGAUAACGAUUGAAAACACACCAGCAAGUCACAUUAAAACAACAAAAUGGUUUAGGAGUGGCACUAAUCUAAGUCCAGACUUGAAUCCGAUUGAAAUGCAGUGGCAUGUCUUCGAGCUUUGUGCUUGAAAAGUCUCAAUUUUUGCUGAUUUUAGACAAUUAUGCGAGAAAGAGGGGUACCAAAAUAACUACGGAGAUGUAAAAGGCACAUUACCAUGUUUUGAGGAAGAGGGGUACCAAAAUAACUACGGAGAUGUAAAAGGCACAUUACCAUGUUUUGAGGAAGAGGGGUACCAAAAUAACUACGGAGAUGUAAAAGGCACAUUACCAUGUUUUCGCUCACACACACACACACAAGUGUUGAUUUCAGUUCCUACUGAGGAUGGCCCAACUAUUUAUUUGGUUUAGGGGGCCAUUACUUUUUCACAUAGGGCCGGUAACUUUGAAUUGUUUAUUUUCCUUAACAAAUGAAAUAAUUUAAAGAACAGCCUUUUAAGUUCAUUUGGGUUAUUAUUUGCUGAUAUUUACAUUUAUUUGAUGGUCUGAAUCAUUGAAGUGGGGAAACUGUAAAAAUAAGAAUUUGAGAAGGGGACAAAUACUUUUUCAUGGGACUGUUAUGUAUCCAAUAAGUUAUUGACAGUCUAGUUUGCCUAACAUGUCUUUUAGGAUCGUGGGAACUGUUUGUUCGAAGAUUUGAUCUUGGAUUUCCCGACUGUGAUCAUAAUUGUCCUGCAGUUUACGAUCUCUUAAGAACUAAUAGAAUAGUUGUAUCAUUUUCUACUUUUGAAAGAUUGCUUGUUGUUUUUUUUUUUUUUUUUUAAACAUUGACACUUACAGCCUGACAGUUGUCCACCUUAUUACCUUUAGGAUCUUCAGCCCUUUGGAUGUAAUCGUAUGGUCAUAGACGUAAUCCUUAUUAGGUGUGUGUACAUUUGGGCACCAAAUUAUGAUUUCCAAUAGUCACUGAUUGUGUAUUGGUACAGUUCCCGCUCAGUGACGGCAUCUGUGUAUGUCUUGCAACUGACUAGUGACCAGUUAUGGGUGUAGUCGGCUUUUCACCUGAAGUCAUGCGAGUUAGGCUGCAGUGCUUUGCAACGCAAACCUGGAUCACUGGUGUUGAAAAUGGAUGGAUGGUUAAUGAUUGACAAGAUAUAGCUGUAAUUCCUGAAAUCUCACAUUCACUACAGUUUUUUUUUUUUUUUAGUAUUUUUAUUAAGUAACCCCAUGUUUUCCUGCUGUUCAGAGUCCUCACAUGUCCUUCGCGCCUGGAAAGUAUUCACAAGUCAGAUGAGAUCAAUUCCUGGAUGUUGCUUGUAGGAUUCUGCCACCCAUUUUGACAAACGUGGAACUGCCCCCACCACAGCAGAUGGUAGUUAAUAAUGCUCUUGUCAAUUUUGUUUUGAAUUUUUACCUAAUUUUUCUUCCAUGUUAAAUGUUUCUAAAUGACAAUGCAGAUGACACUAUUUGGAUCAUGCCAUAUAUGUGACGUACAGAGAGCUUUAUGAAUUUCAGAAUCUCAAAAUCAGUGCUUAUUGAGAUACUUUGAAGUGGUUAUGUGACACACUUUACUAGCCUGUUGAGUUAUAAAAAUGAAAUAGCUGCACCCAGCACAUUACAGUAUAACGAAGUGUAAAUAGAAACAAAUGGAACUGAGUCAAAGUGUGGAUGUGGGUGAAUGACAAUUUUGGUGGCCUUACAGAGAUGAUUGACUUUGCAUAUGUUUUCAGAUGGAAAUAUUCUGGAUAGGAAUAUAUUGCACAAUUUAUGCACCAAUAAACUUUGAUAGAGAA